GAGCCAAUAAUAUGGACCGCGUCUUUAUUUGAAGGUAAACAAACGGUUUCCUCAAAAUUUUUGAAGCAAGGACUUAUGGAGAAGGCGGUAAUAAUACGAGAUCUGUUUGUGCAUUUUACACAGAUAUCCCAAUACCUGCUUCGUAGUAGGUAUAAUAUUUAAAGAUAAUCAUUUCAUGUAAGGAGGAAAAUUGAAGUGUGCUCUGCUACAUAUAGUGAUGGCUUCUGUUGAGCGUGUACCCAGCAAAUAUAAACAAAAGUUUUUGGACAAAUAUAAUGAAUUGGUUUCGAGUAUUAGGGAAGAACAUUUUAUCGAAUAUAUCGAAAUAGCGUCGAAGCAAAAUUCAUUCGAAAUUUUCAAAGAAGGUUUGCUAAGUAACAUCCUUUCCUAUUUUAAUUCGAUAUGGGACUUCACCGACACGGAUGAUCAUCUGCAGGUGUUGGAAAUGUUGAAAGCUGACCCAAGAAAUGAUACCGACAAAAAAUGGCGUCCCACCGGUAAAAGUGUCGAUGAACAAAUUAGACCUUUAGAAAUGAAUAAGUUGAAGUGGCAAAUCAAAUAUUAUGAAAAGCAGAUUCAAUUUCAGAAGCAACAACUAGAGCGGGCAGUUUCGCAGGUUGAGGCCGGCCGUAAACUAUUAGCUGAUUUGACAGAACGAAGGGGAUCAGUCAUAACAACCGUCAUGAAUGAGCUGAAAGAAUUCAAGAGUAUUGAAACUCAAAUAACGGAUAUCGAUGAGAAAAUUAAUGGCGAUUUACAGCGGUGAAACUACAGAUUUAUAAUUUCUGUUUAUGUAUUUUCUGUUUAUUUCUUCUUCGAAAAAGUUCAGUUAUGUACAUUUGUGUGCUUUGAACGAUAAAUUGUGUAGCGUACAGUGGAUUUUGCUGGUG